UCAGAAGUAAAGUAAUCGGCGAGUGGGACUGCGGCGGCCGGAGGCAUGGCAGGGCAGGCGUUUAGGAAGUUUCUUCCCCUCUUUGACCGGGUUUUAGUCGAAAGGAGUGCAGCUGAAACUGUAACCAAAGGAGGUAUCAUGCUACCAGAAAAAUCUCAAGGGAAAGUGUUGCAAGCAACAGUAGUGGCUGUUGGAUCGGGUUCCAAAGGAAAGGGUGGAGAGAUUCAACCAGUUAGUGUGAAAGUUGGAGAUAAAGUUCUUCUCCCAGAAUAUGGAGGCACCAAAGUAGUCCUAGAUGACAAGGAUUAUUUCUUAUUUAGAGAUGGUGACAUUCUCGGAAAGUAUGUGGACUGAAAUCAUUCUUUCUUAAAACGGCAUGAAGCGAAGCUGCCCAUUCCAGUGAAGUUGUGAAAUCUUGCAUCAUGUAAAUAAUUUUCAUGUCUCUCUUUUAUAAUAAACUAAUGGUAUCCAAACUAAAAAAAAAAAAAAAAAA